AUGGCGCAGAUGGUUCCGCUUGAUAACUCCCUCAUAAAUCUCGCCUCCCUCAGGUACUGCCUUCCUCAGGUGUUGCCUCCCUCAGGUGCUGCCUCCCUCAGGUGCUGCCUCCCCCAGGUACUGCCUCCUUCUGGUGUUGCCUCCUUCAGGUACUGCCUCCUUCAGGUGCUGCCUCCUUCAGGUGUUGCCUCCUUCAGGUACUGCCUCCUUCUGGUGUUGCCUCCUUCAGGUACUGCCUCCUUCAGGUGCUGCCUCCUUCAGGUGUUGCCUCCUUCAGGUGCUGCCUCCUUCAGGUGUUGCCUCCUUCAGGUGCUGCCUCCUUCAGGUGUUGCCUCCUUCUGGUGUUGCCUCCUUCAGGUACUGCCUCCUUCUGGUGUUGCCUCCUUCAGGUACUGCCUCCUUCAGGUGCUGCCUCCUUCAGGUGUUGCCUCCUUCAGGUGCUGCCUCCUUCAGGUGUUACCUCCUUCAGGUGCUGCCUCCUUCAGGUGUUGCCUCCUUCAGGUGCUGCCUCCUUCAGGUGCUGCCUCCUUCAGGUGUUGCCUCCUUCAGGUGCUGCCUCCUUCAGGUGCUGCCUCCUUCAGGUGUUGCCUCCUUCAGGUGCUGCCUCCUUCAGGUGUUACCUCCUUCAGGUGCUGCCUCCUUCAGGUGUUGCCUCCUUCAGGUGCUGCCUCCUUCAGGUGCUGCCUCCUUCAGGUGUUGCCUCCUUCAGGUGCUGCCUCCUUCAGGUGCUGCCUCCUUCAGGUGUUGCCUCCUUCAGGUGCUGCCUCCUUCUGGUAUUGUCCUCUCCUGCCCACCACCCCACCCCCCCGCUCCCCCCUCUCUCUCCUUCAAGGUAUUAUCCUUCUGCAACCCCCCCCUCCCAUGCCCUUCCCUCUUUUUCCCUCCUAUACCCCUCCCGCUAUGUUUCUGUGUGACCUGACCCCCCUCCCCCACCAUCCUCCACACCCUCCUCCACACCCUCCCCCUCCCUCCCGCCCUCUCCCCCCCCCCCCCUCCCCCCCCCUCCCCCCUCUCCCUGUGUGCCUCCUGCGAGCAGAGCACACGCCAGUCAACGCCUCGUUGACGCCCUUGACUCUGUGA